AUGGCAACCAUGGAGCAACAAGUGCACAAGCCGCAUCGCAAGUCCAAGGAGAAGAAGAAACACUCGGGAGACCAUAACCCCAAAGCCUUCGCCUUCUCCAACCCAGGAAAACUGCAGCGAAGUGCAGCCAGAUCCCAGGAUAUAAGAGAAAAGCGCCUUCAUGUGCCGCUCGUCGACCGGCUUCCCGAUGAAGCGCCGCCUCGUCUCGUGGCCAUCGUCGGCCCGCCUGGCGUCGGCAAGACUACACUUCUAAAGUCAAUGGUUCGCCGCUACACAAAGGAGACCUUGUCAGACCCCCAGGGACCAAUAACCGUCGUCACCUCAAAAAAACAAAGGUUGACCUUCGUCGAAUGCCCCAACCAGAUGGAAGCCAUGGUCGACGUCGCAAAAGUGGCAGACAUUGUCCUGCUCAUGAUUGACGGCAAUUAUGGGUUUGAAAUGGAGACGAUGGAGUUCCUCAAUGUGCUUGCCGCCACGGGCAUGCCCGGAAAUGUCUUUGGCAUCCUCACCCAUCUGGAUCUUUUCCGCAAGCCACAGGCCCUGAAAGACGCCAAGAAGAGGUUGAAACGCCGACUUUGGACCGAGCUGUACCAAGGCGCCCACCUCUUCUAUCUGUCUGGCGUGAUCAACGGCCGAUAUCCCGAUCGCGAGAUUCACAACCUGUCACGCUUCGUGUCCGUCAUGAAGAACCCUCGGCCUCUUGUGUGGCGCAACAACCACCCCUACGCCGUUGUGGAUAGCUUCCGCGACAUAACGCAUCCGACCAAGAUCGAGCAAGAUCCCAACUGCGACCGUUCCAUUGUUCUGUCUGGGUAUUUGCGAGGAACCAACUUUGCGGCACAGGGACAACGAGUACACGUUGCUGGGCUUGGAGACUUUACGGUUGCCAACAUGGAAGUCCUCCCGGACCCCUGCCCGACGCCCUUCAUGGAACAAGCGCUGGCUAAGAUAACGGGGAAAACUGGUCGACGGCGGCUGGACGAGAAGGAGAAGAAACUGCAUGCUCCCAUGUCGGAUCGAAGUGGCCUGAAGAUUGAUGGCGAUGCCAUCUGGAUCACCAGGGAAAAGGGCUUCAGUUUCGACAAGGAUGCAGAAGGCGUUGAAAGGGGCGAGGGUGAGGAGAUGAUUGUCGGUCUUCAGGCGGAGCGACGUUUGUUGGGUCAGAUGGAACAUGGCGUCCAGUUGUUCUCUGGCGGUGAGAAACUGAACGAGGUGACCGAGGAAGAAGACACCGGCCGCAAAACGCAACGUCAAGCGAGGAUUGCCGAAAGAAAUGAGUCCGACGUCGAGGAUGAAGGCAUGGACGGCGACGACAGUGAGGAAGAAGACGAGGGCUUCGUCAGCGGGAGCGAUGACGAGGGCUCUGAGGCCGAGGCCGAGUUCCACGAGGGCAAAGUGGGCAAAAUGUUCCGCAAAAAUGUUGAAAAGUCCAAUGGAGAGGAUGACGUUGCGUUCGCCGACAGCGACUCAGAUCUGGGGUCCAUAUCUGGAGACGACAUGGACGCGGACAUGGACGAGGAUGAGGAGUUUGACUCUGGUGAAGAAGCCGCCGGCAUUCGUUGGAAGGACGGCCUGGCAGAUCGGGCUCGCAAGAUGCACGGAAAGAGACGGACGUACCAUACCGGCGAUUUGGCAAGAUACAUUUACGAUGAUUCAAUGACCCCCGAGGAGGCUCUGAAGCGAUGGAGAGGCGAAGACGAUGAGGCCGAAGAGGAGAACAUCGAGGAUUCAGACGAUGACGAUUUCUUCAAGAAGACGUCGCAGGAGAAGGAAGACUCGACCGAAGACCGCUUAAUACCAGAGUACGACUACGACGAUCUGGCGGCCAAGUGGGCGGAGCGAGACAAUAUCGAGGCCCUGCGUAGGAGAUUUACCACCUCUGGCCUUGGAGGAGACGACGACGAGGAAGAGGGCGACGUUGACGGAGACGACGGUGACUUUGAUGGCUUCGGGGACGACGAUGACGAAGGCGACGGCGUCUUCGAGGAUCUGGAAGCACGGCCCGCCGAAAAGGGACCAGAGACAGCCGAGGACAUCGCCGCCGAGCGCCAAAGGAACGCCAAGCGUAAAGAAGAGCUCAGGCAGCGUUUUGAGGAGGAGGACAGAGAAGGUUUCCUCAACGACAAGGCCAACGCCCGCAGAGAAGGCGGUGACGUUCAAGAGUACGGCGAAGACGACUGGUACGAUGCUCAAAAGGCCAUGAUCCAGAAGCAGCUCGACAUCAACAAGGAGGAGUUUGAGACGCUUGACGAGCGACAGCGCGCAGCCGUCGAGGGCUACCGCGCCGGCAAGUACGCCAAGAUUGUGCUGGAGAGGGUGCCCGCCGAAUUCGUGACCAAGUUCGACGCCCGCGUGCCCAUCGUGGUGGGCGGCCUCACGGCAACCGAGGACCGAUGGGGCUUCGUGCAAGUCCGCAUCAAGCGGCACCGGUGGCACAAGAAGAUCCUCAAGACCAACGACCCGCUCAUCUUCUCCCUCGGCUGGAGACGCUUCCAGACGAUGCCCAUCUACAGCACCACCGACUCGAGGACCCGCAACCGCAUGCUCAAGUACACCCCGGAGCAUAUGCACUGCUUCGGCACCGUGUACGCGCCGCUGAUUGCACCCAGCACGGGCUUCGUCUGCUUCAACUCCUUCUCCCCCGCCGGCGCGGGAUUCCGCAUCGCCGCCACCGGCACAGUCCUCAGCGUGGACGAGUCCACCGAGAUCGUCAAGAAGCUCAAGCUCACCGGCGUCCCCUACAAGAUCUUCAAAAACACCGCCUUCAUCAAGGACAUGUUCAACUCGUCCCUCGAAAUCGCCAAGUUCGAAGGCGCGUCCGUCAGGACCGUCUCCGGCGUCCGCGGCCAGAUCAAGCGUGCCCUGUCCAAGCCCGAGGGCCACUUCCGAGCCACCUUCGAGGACAAGAUCCUCCUCAGCGACAUCGUCUUCCUCCGCGCGUGGUACCCCAUCAAGCCGCACCGCUUCUACAACCCGGCCACCAACCUCGUCGGCUGGCAGCCCAUGCGUCUCACCGGCCAGGUCCGCCGCGACGAGGGCCUGGCCACGCCGCAGCUGAAGAACAGCCAGUACCGCAAGGUCGAGCGUGAGACCCGCCACUUUAACCCCCUGAGGGUGCCUCGCGCCCUGGCCGCCGACCUGCCGUACAAGUCGCAGAUCACAACCAUCAAGAAGCAGGGGCGAGAAACGUACAUGCAGAAACGAGCCGUCGUGCUGCCCAGCAACUCGGAGGAGAAGAAGGCCCGCGCCGUCAUGCAGCAGCUUCUCACUGUCAGAAACGACGCCGCUGCCAAGAGACGUGCCAAAAAGGCAGAGAACCACGCGGCCUUCAAGAAGAAGCUUGCCGACAACGAGGAGAAGAAGGAGGCCAGAGAGAAGAGGGAGACCAAGGAAUUCUGGCGGAAGAAUGGGCGAAAGAGAGGCGCAGAGGAUGGUGGUGGUGGUGGUAAGAGGCGGAGGUGA